AUGGAUGAGAGUCGAAGGGAAGCGCUGGCGGCGGCGGCGCCCAUGGCCACCACCGCCUCCUCCUCCACAGCCGGCUCCAACACCACCGACAUGGCCGGCCCUGGCGAGAAGGACGAGGCCUUUUCCAAGCUGAAGGACAAGUUCAUGAACGAGCUGAACAAAAUCCCCUUGCCGUCAUGGGCCAUCGUCUCCAUCGCCUUCGUGGCGAUCAUCCUGGUGCUGGCGUGCUGCUGCUGCAUCUGCAAAAAAUGGAUAUUCAAGAAGAAGAACAAAAAGAAGGGCAAAGACAAGGGCAAGAACGCCAUAAACAUGAUGGACGUGAAGGAUGGAGCCCCAACCGAGGCCUUGAAGGAUGAGGAGGAUGCGGAGACAGGGCUGACCGAAACGGAGAAAGAGGCCACGCCCAAGGAGGACGAGAAACUGGGCAAAUUACAAUACUCCCUGGAUUACAAUUUCACGGAGAAUACGCUCAUGGUGGGGAUCAUCCAGGCGGCCGAGCUGCCCGCCAUGGACAUGGGCGGCACGUCCGACCCGUACGUGAAGGUCUACCUGCUGCCCGACAAGAAGAAGAAAUUUGAGACCAAGGUCCACAGGAAGACGCUCAAUCCUGUCUUCAACGAACAGUUCACCUUCAAGGUCCCGUACGUGGAGCUCGGGGGGAAAACGUUGAUAAUGACGGUGUACGACUUCGACCGCUUCUCCAAACACGACGCCAUCGGGGACAUCAAGGUGCCCAUGAACAAGGUGGACUUCAGCCACAUCACAGAGGAGUGGAGGGAUCUGAUAAGUGCUGAGAAGGAGGAGCAAGAGAAGCUGGGCGAUAUCUGCUUCUCCCUGCGGUACGUGCCCACCGCCGGCAAGCUGACGGUGGUCGUCCUCGAGGCCAAGAACCUGAAGAAAAUGGACGUGGGAGGCUUAUCAGAUCCAUACGUGAAGAUCCACCUGAUGCAAAACGGCAAGAGGCUGAAGAAGAAGAAGACGACAAUCAAGAAGAACACCCUGAACCCGUACUACAACGAGUCCUUCAGCUUCGAAGUCCCAUUCGAACAAAUCCAGAAAGUGCAAGUUGUUAUAACCGUCCUGGACUACGACAAGAUCGGCAAGAACGACGCCAUCGGCAAAGUGUUCGUGGGCCUGAACAGCUCGGGGACGGAGCUGCGCCACUGGUCCGACAUGCUGGCCAACCCCCGGAGACCCAUCGCCCAGUGGCACGUGCUGAAGGUCGAGGAGGAGGUGGACGCUCAGCUCUCCACCAAGAAAUAG